CCUCCGCUCGCCCCCUGGAGGGAGCAGACUGGCCGGGGAAGGGCUGACACCGGGAGGGAGAGAUGAGGCUGAGCUGAGCCGCACGAUGGAGAGCGCAUUGCUGUGCGAUGAUGAGAUCUUGCUGCGCACCGAGCAAGAGUUCCACAUCGCUGCAAAAACCAACAACAUCGAGAAGAUGCAGCUGCUGAUUGGAAGAGGGGUGAACGUCAGAGCGAAGAACAGUGUAGACAGGACAGCCUUACACUGGGCGGCUGGAGCGGGGCAAGAGCAAGCGCUCAGACUGCUGCUGGAACAUGACGUGCCCGUGGACGAGGACGACUGUUUUGGAAUGAAUGCUCUACUGCUGGGGGCGUGGUUUGGACACCUCAAAAUUCUGCAGAUCCUGGUCAAUGCCGGAGCCAAAAUCAGCUGUCAAAAUAAGAAUGGACUCAACCUGCUCCACUGUGCAGCGCAGAGAGGUCACAUCAAGGUCCUGGAGUUCAUCAUGGAGGAUCUGGAGAACAUCAAAGUAGACAAGGUGGACAAGUUUGGAAGAACGGCAUUUCACCUGGCAGCAGAACAUGGCCAGAUCGAGGUGGUGGAAUUCCUGAUCGGAUCCGGGUGUCAGCACAGCCUGAAGGACAAGGAGGACAACACGGCGCUCCAUCUGGCUGCUAAGAAUGGUCACACGGACGUCCUGCAGAAAAUUGUGGAAACCGGAGUGGAGCUGGAUGACCGCAAUCUGGAGGGAAAUACGGCGCUGCAUAUGGCUACAGAAGGAGGGCACUUUGACUGCAUUCGAAUUUUGCUUGAAGCCGGGAGUGAUCUCAACGUGCAGAACGAGAAAGGAAUGAAUUGCCUUCAUUAUUGCGCUUUCCAUGGACUGGAGGAAGUUGGGAGGAGCCUCAUUGAUGCCGGAAUUCAGAUCAAUGCAGUAAACAAUCAAAAGUCAAGUGCUCUGCACAUCGCAGUUCUGCAGAAUUUCCCAGCUAUGGUGAAGCUUCUCAUUGACUGUGAAUGUGACUUGGAUCUCACAGAUUACAGGUUGCAGACUCCUCUUCAUAUUGCGGCAGAACAUGGACGGCAGGACAUGGCGGAAAUGAUACUCAUUGCCGGUGUAAAUCUGAAGCUCCAGGACAAGCAAGGAAAAACCUCUCUUGACGUGGCUGCCCGAGGGAAUCACAUAAACCUGGCGGAUAUGAUCAUCAAGGCAGACAGAUUCUACAAAUGGGAGAAGGACAACAUGAACAGUGACUCUGACUCCUGGGUGGCCAGACACCUGACCUUCAAACAAGACCAUCGCCUAGAGACGCAACACAUCCGAUCCGUCAUCUGGAGGCUGGCAACCAAAUACCUAAAACCCAAUGAAUGGAAGAAGCUGGCGGCGUGCUGGAAGUUCACGGACGCGCACAACCGGGCAAUAGAGCAGCAAUGGACGGGAAACAAAAGCUACCGGGACCACGGGCACAGAAUGUUACUCAUCUGGCUGCACGGAGUGGUGAUGUCGGGAGAAAACCCAGUUAAAGGAUUGUUUGAGGGGCUGGUAGGCAUCGGGAGGAGAGACUUGGCAGAAAGCAUUCGGAAGCAAGCAAACGCCGAGGAUUCUUCCCAGAAGAAGUGCACGGCCAUGUGACCAGCAGUAUAGUGGGACUGACGUGACACGUGGAUGCGACCCCCCCCCCCCCCUCAGUCUGCAUCCCUCUUCCUGUACUACAGUCAGCAGUACUAUUACACUAAGGGCUGAUCCUCAUUCCAAAUACAAUUCCUGCUCACAGAACAUCACCGAGGGGAAUCUUCAGGCACAUCAUGACGGCGCGUCUUCUGGGCGUGUCCUAGGGCGCCUCCUGGGCGUCUUCUGGGCGUCUUCUGCACGUCUUCUGGGCGUGUCCUGGGCGUCUUCUGGGUGUGUCCUGGGCGUCUUAUGCACGUCUUCUGGGCAUGUUCUGGGCGUGUCAUGGGCGUCUUCUGGUCGCGUUCUGGUCGCGUUCUGGGCGUCUUCUGGUCGCGUUCUGGGCGUGUUCUGGGCGUGUUCUGGGCAUGUUCUGGGCGUGUCAUGGGCGUCUUCUGCACGUCUUCUGGACGGGUUCUGGGCAUGUCCUGGGCGUCUUCUGCACGUCUUCUGGGCGUGUUCUGGGCGUCUUCUGGGCAUUGUGGAGAAAUCUUAUUUAUAGCGAUGUUCUCGUGAGACGCGUUCAUUCACAUUGAUAUAUGCACACUUUGCUGAUUCUACAGCACAUUAAUGGUGCAAUUG